AUGCGAAGGAUACUGAGCAAAGGCAAAGGCAAGGGGACCACGGAUACCACAGACGCCAAGCAGCAGAUGCUGGCCGGACGAGGUCGGAGAAGCCAAGUCGCGAUAGAUGGCCUCGUGGCACUUCUCGCGUUUGGGAAAGAUUCAACUGACGGUUUCGGCCUGGCGAAGGGGGUUCUAGGAGGGUUGCUCUAUGUGAUUGAGACGGCCAGACUUUUCGAGGCGAACAAGCAGGAAUGGUCUACCUUCGCAUCCUUCCUGAGCGGACUUCACGACGAUGUGGCUAGCGCGACGCGGCGCUUUGACUCAAAGGUACCGCAUGAUCUCGCAGAAGACCUCCGGAAGCUGCAGCAGCCAUUAUUGCAAGUUGCUAUCGAAAUGAAGCAGAUGUCUUCGCGCUCUGGCAUGGCUAAGCUGUUACAGACGCGCGAGGAUCCACAGAAGAUUGCGCGCUUCCGAGUGCUCAUUGACGCUGCUACCACGAGAUUCACGGUGGUGCGGCUUGUCAACGUCGAGCGCAUUCUUGGCCAUGUCAGCGAUCAAGUGCAUCACGUUGGGCAACAAGUCGGCCAGGUCGGGACUCAGAUAAGCAAUGUCGAGCGUCAGAUAGACGAGAUCGCACUAUCCAUGAGGAGUAUAGCCGAGCAUAAGCACUCUGGCUCUUCGACGCCCUCGACGACGGGCUUUCGGGUGCUCAAGCCCUGUCCGCCGCCAACGCAUGCGUACACCGGACGAAAAGACAUCCUGGAUAAGAUGCACGCCUACUUCGCCCCCGUGAACGGCAAGCGCAAGGUAUUCGUCUUGUAUGGCCUCGGAGGGGCCGGCAAGACACAAGUGGGCUGCAAGUUCGUCGAGAUGAGCCAGUUCGACAGCGAGACACAGCGGUUCUCCGAGGUCUUCUACCUGGACGCCUCGACGAAGGACACCCUCAUCGCCGAUCUCAAGGCGCUCGCUAUCGCCAAGGAAGCCGGCAAGCGCGUCGACGAUGCGCUCACCUGGCUCGCACGGCAUACGGAGGACUGGCUGCUGUUCUUCAACAACGCGGACGACCCGAAGCUGAACAUCAAGCAGUACUUCCCCGCCUGCUCUCACGGCAACAUCCUCAUCACGACGAGAAACCGCGCGCCGCUCGGGCACUCCGCAGCGUCCAUACCGCAUUGCAAUGUCGGCGCCAUGUCCAAAGCGGACGCGAAGCUCCUGCUACUGCAGAUGGCAGGCCUCCUGGAAGUUCGCGAUGAGGAGAAGAAGAACGCUUCCCAGAUUGUUUCCGCCCUGGGCUACCUUGCUUUAGCGAUCGCUCAAGCCGGCGUCUUCAUCUUCAAGACUCACUGCACGCUGGCCCGCUAUUUCUCGAUGUACCGUGAACGGCAUCACGCCGUACUCGAGUUUUUCAAGGACAGCCUCGAUGGAUACCAGUACACGGUCUACACGGCGUGGAUCAUCAGCUUCGACCAGCUGAGGCGGCAGAACGCUGAUGCCGCUGCCGUCCUCCAGAUGUGCGCCUUCUUCCAUCAUGACAACGUCUCCCGCGCCAUGUUCCGCAAUGCCGUCGAGAAUCUCCUUGGCCCGGGGAGCGAUCACGUCCUAAUGGAGGAGACCGAGUCGAACACGAAGGCGCUCACAGCUGCGAAGACCUUCCUCGCUGCCUUCGCCGACGACAACUCCGCAUGGGACGACCUCAAGUUCCUCCGCCUGCUCGCCGACAUCCAGUCGUAUUCUCUCAUACAGUACGACCGCAACACGGAGACGUUCUCCAUUCACCCGCUUGUACAUACGUGGUGUCUGACGACAAUUUCCGACCCUUCAAUAUUCAGGCUGGCGGCAGCCUUCGUGAUAGGACGGUCCAUACACUGGAGGUACAGUACCGAAGACUACACCUACCGACGUCUCCUCCUUCCACAUCUCAAUGCUAUCUCGCAGAACAUCGCCGCGCUCGACCCUUCCGUCGGUCUAGAGAUCGCCUUGGCAUACUACGAGUCCGGGCGGAACGAGGAAUGCGAGCGGCUGGUGAGGUUCGUCGUCGACGCGCAGGCGCGUAUAUUCGGCGCGCAUGCCCUCGAUACGCUCAAGACCCUCGCAAAGCUCGCGAGCGUAUACGCGCAGCAGGGCCGCUGGAGCGAGGCGCAGGCCAUCGACGAGACAGUCCUGAGCGUGCGACGGCGCGAGCUCGGCGACACGCACCCCCACACACUCGUCGCGAUGAACAACCUCGGCAUCACCUACCGCGAGCAGCACCGCUGGCGCGAAGCGGAGGAGCUCUUCCUCGAAGUCCGCGACACGCGCGAGCGCCUCCUCGGGCGGGAUCACGCCGACACUCUGCGCGUCCAGUCGAACCUUGCGGAGACUUACCGGUGGCAGGGGAGAGAUAAGGCGGCGGAGGAGUUGGAGUUGGAUGUGAUAGCGGCGCGGACGCGCACACUGGGCGAGGAACACCCGGAUACAUUGACCGCGAUGGGUCGACUCGCAGCUUCGUACAUGCAGCAGGGGCGGCAGGAAGACGCGGAGCAGCUACAGAAGCGGGUCUUCGACAUAUACCAGCGCACGACGGGAGAACGGCCGCAAUCGUUGGAUGCGAUGCCCAGCCCCGGGUUGGAGAGGAGUAUUUGGCUUUCCUGGUCGGACUAA